AUGUCCACCCGCUCAAUACGAAAACCGCGACAACCAGCCCCGGAGAUCCCCGAUGCUGCCAUUCAGCAUGCAGCAGCUGCAGCUGCAGCUUCACGAGCAAUGCGCUCGAGUCACAGCUCGUCUCGGGAGUCGAAAAACUCAUACGAACGACUAGGAGGUCCAGGAAAUGUUGCCAUCCCUCGAAGGCGUCCCGGAUCGAGUCUUCGGAGCACUGAUGAUAGUUCGUCGGUCGGCCAGACUGACUUGCCUAAAGUUCCAAACCCUCGUCAGUCCAAAGAAUUAACCGGUGUAUCGGCUCGAGCCCAUUGCUUCGAUGACCCUGCCGCCCUGCCGCCUAUCACGGAACUCGACGGACUUGAUGGACGAGACAGCUCAGUUCCCUCUUCAUAUCGCCGGUUGCGCAAAGCCAAGUCAAUGUUUUCGACCAGGCAGCGGACUUCACAGACCCCAUAUGGAGUGCCUCCCCUCCCUUGCGGUGAUCCCCUUGAUCCCGAGCGCAGUCCUGGAUUUCAGCUGCCACGAACAAUGAGACGAUCCAUGUCUUUUCUUCGAGGAAGUUAUCAAUCCACGCAAGUCGGUCCAACUGCUAAGGGUCAUGAUGCAGCUAUUCAGCUUGCUCGUAGCCAAUUCGCCCAGGAUCCCGAGGGAAGAGGUGUUCAGACUCGCCGGUCAUAUUUCUUGCUCAGACGCAAGAAGGAGAACAGGCCAUUUCGAAAGUCGUUCCGGGCCAUGAGUGAAGGUGGCUUUGAUACCGGGGGUUCUCAUAAAUCUCGGUCUUUUUCAAAUUCGAUUAAAAGCAAGUUCAGACGUGUGUUUGGAUUUUCCAAGCUCGCGGAUCAGCAAUAUGUGCCACACGGUAACCCAGAUGGCGCUGAGGCAUCUGUGGUGACUCCAGUUGGGAGAAUGAUGGAAGAAUCCUCUCCACACAAACUUACAGCCACUGAGGACGGCAUUGAUCCCAACUAUUUCCAGUCAAUGCCCGAGUCUUCCAGCCGCGAUAGUCUCUGCACUUCCAACUCGCGCGUCACUAGUUGGGCUGAUUCAACCAUACCAAACACAGUUACGACCAGGAAGCCAGGACAUCGCCAAUCUCUGUCUUUGAUCAGAGAGGAUGGGGAUUUGGAUCAGCAAAUACCACGGACGCCUACAAUGGAUGAUACCGAAAAUCAAUCUCCUUUGGGUGUGAGAGCAAACCCUCAUCGAAUUAGCAUUGUUGACAGUCAAGAUUUGUACACUGCAUUGAUGAAACAGAUAGGCCAGAAUUCCCUGUCCGAUCCCAGCGAGGAGGUGGUCUUCGGCAAUGUGUCCCAGCAUCUUGUGGUCCCAGAGCGGGCGAAUUCGGCCUACUCCCAACGUGGCCGACGCAGUAUCCGUCAUGUCCCAAGCCAAGAAUCCUCGACCUCGCCCGGUUCAUUCGCAACAGCGCGUGGUGGCGAUCAACCAAGUCCACGAAAGUAUCCGCGCUCAGCUAGGUCGAUGCAAGUUUCUCGGGGCAUGCCGCCUCAGGUGCCAAAUCAACAUAUGACUGCUGUUUCAGACGAAAAGUCGUCGCAUUCAACGUACACUCUGAGCGAGGAAUCGGAUGAUGAUAGUGGUAGUGUUAUUGUUUCUCGCCUUCGGGUCUCGAAAAGGGAUAUUGUUUCCCCAAGUGUCUAUUCCCGGACCACCAGUGGCCAUACCCCAGCAAGAACUGACAAUGCCGACAUGGGCGUCCAUGAUGAACCAGGAACAGCGACCAUCUUUACUCCACAGCGGACAACAUACAGAUCACCCAAGCGUGCCAAUCGGGUUUCAUCUCCCGCACCUCAUGUACAUCCCAGUGCAGACUGGCAGCAAUGGAUGAGUUCACAGAUCGAAAGAAUUGAGCAGGCAAGCCCCACAAGGGAGCACAUCAGAGAAGAUGCACAAUACCAGGACGAUGAUGAGUACUUUACCAGCAUAGCUCGACAAGCUCCUGUCGCUGUUUCCGCUCCCGCUUCAGCAACUCUACGAAAGGUUCCACACAGCCAAAGUAUCACUGAGCGCCAAGCUUCGGCUGAGAACAAAGUCCCGCCAGAGAGCAAUUUCUCCCGUCCAUUAAUCCAGGCUUCCGGCAUGCGAACCAUCAUGCCAUUACAGACAACUAAGUCGGAAAAUAUGGCGCACGCUCACGCUAACUCAUUGUCCAUGGAUACCGCUGCUAAGUCUGGUGAAAACGUUUCACCCAAGCCAUUCCCCGUUGCUUGUAAUCAAGAACCAUCGCCAAUUCGACUGAGAUCCGGAAACAUGCAGCCACCAGAGUCCCCAACCCCCAAGGGAGUGGGAGCAAAGCGAUCCUGGACCAAAGAGCAACAGCGACGUUAUUCAGCCAGGCGUGCUCCGAUCUCCCAAGAUAGCAGAAUCAAUCACUUCCGGUCCAUGCGCACCCAACGAGACAACCGUACAAACAAUGAGAACGCGAGGCAGCAGGAUGAGUAUAAUGGCAUGAUGGAGAGCUACCACCAACUUCAAGACAUUCAUUCCACGAUCUCUAGCAAGCGCAUGGUGGAUAUAUUCUUGGACAGUCGCCGUCGACAAAUGGGUGAAGUCACUGACAACAAUACAACCACAGACGCUUUUCUUUGA